ACAAUUGACAAAAAGGUUCAAGAUCGGCCUUGUUUAAUAUAUGGUUAUCGAGGUGUCUGCCAUUUUUCAUUCCAUGUUAACUGCGGCAGUAAAAUGAUCGAUAGUGGAACUUUUGGCGGCAUGUUCAAUCAGCCAAUUGUAGAUGCAAUGAAUAUUAUCGGAUCGCUAAUUGACAAACAUGGUAAAAUCGCUGUAACUGAGGUGAUGAAAGAUGUUGCACCAAUUUCAAUAAAGGAGCAAAAGCUUUGUAAAGAAAUUGCGUUUGAUUUGAAAAAAAUAAAAAUGCGUACUGGAGCAAAUCGGUUGCUGCAUAAAGAGGAUGACAUACGUUUAAUAAUGCACAAGACUCGAUUACCCAGUAUUACAGUACACGGUUUUGACCACGAACUAGACCCUAACGACAAACAGGCAUUACGCUCUGUAUCAAAUAGCUGUAUCAAAUGAAGCCUGUA